CAGCACUCUCCAGCACUCUCCAUCUAGCACACACCUGACAUCUGCAGCUGAGGGCCAGGAGACAUGGCAUCAGUUCUACGCUGGCUGUGGGUUAACAGAAACUACUUCAUCAUCUUCAUCACCCCCCUUCUUAUAUUGCCCCUGCCGCUGGUCUUCCCAACUCCGGAGGCAAGAUGUGGUUUUGCCAUCAUCCUGAUGGCGCUGUACUGGUGUACAGAGUGCAUGCCACUGGCCAUCACUGCUCUGCUGCCUGUCAUCCUCUUCCCAAUGAUGGGCAUCAUGGAAUCUGGAAAGGUGUGUGUUGAGUACCUAAAGGACACCAACAUGCUGUUUAUUGGGGGUCUGCUGGUGGCUAUAGCUGUUGAACACUGGAAUCUUCAUAAGCGUAUCGCCCUGAGUGUUCUCCUAAUAUUUGGAGUUCGGCCUGCUUUGCUGAUGAUGGGGUUCAUGAUCGUAACAGCCUUCCUCUCAAUGUGGAUCAGCAAUACGGCCACCACAGCCAUGAUGUUGCCCAUUUCUCAAGCUGUUCUAGAACAGCUCAGUGCCACAGAGGCCGACAGCGAUGAGAAAGAGCUUAGGGAAGGCCAAGAUAACCAAGCAUUUGAGUUGACCGAGGUCAACAUCAAACAUCCUUUGGACAAUGUCACUGGAGACAAACCCAACAACAACCCAGAUCUGGAGGCAAGAAUCAAUGCACUCUCUGAACGCAGGAGGAAAGAACGUGAAGUGAAGUACCUUCGUCUCUUUAAAGUAAUGAGUCUAUCUGUGUGUUACUCUGCCAGCAUUGGAGGAACUGCUACCCUAACGGGCACCACACCAAAUCUUAUUCUCAAGGGCCAGAUGGAUGACAUUUUUCCAGAUAACAAUGACGUGAUCAACUUUGCCAGCUGGUUCGGUUUUGCCUUUCCUAACAUGGUGCUGAUGCUUGCGCUCUCUUGGUUUUGGCUGCAGUUCAUGUACUUGGGAUUUAACUUAAAAAACAGUUUUGGCUGCGGUUUGAAAAAUGAGGGAGACAAAGAAGCUUACAGAGUGAUGAAAAAUGAAUACAAGAAGUUGGGCCCGAUAUCUUUUGCUGAGGGCGCAGUGCUUGUCAUCUUUGUGACCCUGGUGAUCCUGUGGUUCACACGAGAACCAGGGUUCAUGCCAGGCUGGGCUACUGAGCUCUUUAACAAAAAUGGACAAUAUGUCACCGAUGGCACUGUGGCCAUUUUCAUGUCAACCCUGUUCUUCGUCAUUCCAUCUCGGCUACACUGUUCAUGUUCUGUCAGUGCAAAUGAUGAACAUGAUGAAGAAGCUGAAGGAGUGGGGGAAGAAGAAAAACAGAAGAAGGACAAGAAGAACAAACUGAGGGGUACUCCCACUCUUCUAAACUGGAAGGUGGUACAGGAACACAUGCCUUGGAACAUAGUGCUGCUCCUGGGUGGAGGAUUUGCCUUGGCAAGAGGAAGUGAGGUGUCUGGACUGUCAAAAUGGCUGGGUGAAAGUCUGGCCCCACUGCAGAGCAUCCCACCCUUCGCCAUCUCUCUGAUCCUGUGUUUCCUGGUGGGAACAUUCACAGAAUGCUCCAGCAACACAGCCACCACCACGCUGUUCCUGCCCAUUCUAGCCUUUAUGGCCACAACCAUCGGGCUCCAUCCUCUCUACGUGAUGCUGCCCUGCACCAUCAGCGCAUCGCUGGCUUUCAUGCUUCCUGUAGCCACUCCACCCAACGCCAUCGCUUUCUCCUAUGGCAACCUCAAAGUCUUGGAUAUGGCAAAGGCAGGCUUCAUUCUCAACAUCAUUGGCAUUCUAAGCAUCAACCUUGGCAUCAACACAUGGGGAAUGGCUAUGUUUAAUCUAGGAACCUUUCCCGCAUGGGCCAACACCACAAAUGCAACAAGUACACCAUGAAAAUCUUCACAUCCAAUUCUUUGGUUUCAUGAGAACACUGAAGGGAAAGAGAGGGGGAAAAGGAAGCUACUCCAAAAAAUACCAUCAUUAAAUGGACAAAAGGGUCACAGUAUGCAGAGCAUGUA